CUGAUCUCCAAACAGCUCGCGCCCCUGCCGGCGCACCCGCUGCGCUGCGGGCACAACACACAACCUCGGAGCGAGGCCAUCGUCACUAGCCCUUUUCCCACCUUUUGAUUCCCAAGUGCGCCCCCGUUUCCAACUCUCCGUCUUUCUUCUGUCACUCUUUACCACCUGUUUCUACUUCGUUUAGGCUCGUGCCGUUUCCUUUUCGCCAUGUCCAAGUACAAGGACAAGGAGAGCGCCGUCUCUCUGUCCUUUAGUGGCAGCUGGGUGUCGUGGACACACACGAUUCUCGCCUACGCCGCCUUUCUCAGUGCCCUCUUCGUCGGGCUCUCUCUCCACUACCACAAGAUCGUCCAGAACGAGUUCUGGGGCUACCCUCAAGAGUGGUUCCCCUCGGUCUCGGCUACGAUUGGCGACAAGUACCCCGAACGAGCCGUUUUCCAGCUCAUCAUUGCCCUCACUUCUGGUCCCAGGUUCGCCCUCGUCGCGCUGUGGUACGUUAUCGGCAAGAAGCCCAACAAUGGCGCCCUGCCCAAGUUCCAGGUCGCCGUGGGCAUCCUCCGCACGCUGGCCUGCGGAGGCUUUACCUACGUCACCUCGACCGACGACCACGACUUCCACGAUGUGGUCAUGAUCAUCUACCUCGUCGGCACGAUUCCAUGGACCGCCUGCUGCAUCGCGCUCAGCCCGCCAAACCCAACCGCCAUCAAGCUGCGCAAGUACAUUGCGUCGGCCUUCUUUGGAACGAUCGUGCCGCUCGUCUACUUCUUCAUUCAGCACAAGGUGCAUCACGUCGCUGGAGCCUACACAACGUACGCGUUCUUCGAGUGGUCCUUGAUCCUGUUCGACGUCGGCUUCGACGCCGUGACGGCUUUGGAUUUCAGCAACCUCCAGAUCACCAUCAGUGACAACAAGGGCGUAAACCAAGGACCAAAUGCCGCCCUGGACAAGGAGAAGAGCAAGGCCACCGCUGGCGCAUUUGAUGGGCGCUUCUCUCUCAUGGAAGUGCUCGACACUGUUGCCGAGGUCUACCACGGCUUUGUCUUUUGGUCCAUGCUGACCAGUCUCGGCCUCGUCAUCUGGUACUUCCCUCUCUGGCACAUGGGCAUUUCGGGCUACGAGGCCCUCGUCAUGUCGACCAUCUCGCCCUUUUUCCUGGGCAUCAAGUCAAUCCGGUCUUUUGUGAUUCACAACCUCCGCAUUGUUCACUUCCUCUCGCUCGCAGGACUUGCCGCCUGGCCCAUCGAGACCCCGGUGCUGCGCCUGUUUACCGUAGGCUUUGGUGUCUUCAUGUCCUGCCUCGGCUGGGCAGCAACCCUGUACUCCGAGUCCGUCCACGAGGGGCGUCUCGAGUCCAAGAUCCUGGCAUGGACUGCUGGUCUCAUCCUGUCCUCUACGGCCAAGUUUGCGUGGUACACCAACAACCCAGUCUGGCCAGUCAUGCACGAUGCCAACAACGGCUACAACCGCAGUGGCUUGGCCAUCGCUGUCGUUGCCGCCUUCAUCUUUACCCGCAGAGCCCCUCUCAACACGGGAUCUCCAGACCCGAACCUCAAGGGCUCGGCCUUCCUUGCCUCGCUGGGUGUCGCCGGUCUCUUCUUUGGCCUGCACUCUCUCCUGUCGGACACCAGCACCAUGAUCUUGUGGGUAUGGGAAGGCUACCCGAUCAAGGGACCAGUCUCCGGUCCCCAUGGUUGGUUCACCGUGGCCGCCAUGUCUGCCGGUCUCCUGACGGGCAUCCAGCGCCCUCAGCUUGCCGGGUCGUUCCUGGCGUACCUUGUCGGCUGCGGCGGAGUUGCUGUCCUGACCCUUUACCCUGAGUGGCUUGGAUACUCUGGCGCCCUGGUCACUGCCUUUUACCUCAUGGCCGUCGCCACCCCUCUCCUGACUGCCGGCGCCAAGAAGAGUCCCGCGGUCGUCUUCGGCUUCGGCUUCCUCCUCUACAACUUUGUGGUUCUGUUCCACGUGUGGGUCGUCGCCUAUGCAUUUGUCCCCGGCGGCCCGUACGUCCGCGAGCACACUGACUGGGUCAACACGACCAUGAUGUUCCUGAUCGGCGCCGGUGUGCUCAACCUGUUCAUCGCAACGCCUCGCAAGGCCAAGAGCAAGGGCAAGAAGCCGGCCAGCCUGCUGCAGCAUCGCAAGUACCACACCUGGGCCCUGGGCUUCGUCAACGUCCUGUUCAUCAUCGCGGCGUACAUGCGCUUCCCCACCUACGACUACAAGCCGUACCACCCAGAGUCGAAGCUCAUCACGGCCGGCAUCUGGACCAUCCACUUCUCGCUGGACAACGAAAUGUACUCGUCCGAAUACCGCAUGCGCGACCUGAUCAAGGAGCUCGAGCUCGACGUCGUGGGCUUCCUCGAGUCUGACCUGCAGCGCAUCAUCAUGGGCAACAGAGACACGACGCAGUUCAUCGCCGAGGAUCUCGGCAUGUACGUCGACUACGGCCCGGGCCCCAACAAGCACACCUGGGGCUCUGCGCUGCUCUCCAAGUUCCCCAUCCUCAACUCGACCCAUCACCUCCUACCAUCCCCCGUCGGCGAGCUGGCGCCGGCUAUCCAUGCCACGCUCGAUGUCUAUGGCGAGCUCGUCGACGUCUUUGUCUUCCACUCCGGGCAGGAGGAGGACCCCGAGGACCGCCGCCUGCAGUCCGAGUAUCUCGCCAAGCUCAUGGGGGAGUCCCCGCGGCCCUCGUUCCUGCUCUCAUACCUCGUCACCAGACCCCUCCAGGGCAACUACAACACCUACGUCUCGGACAAGUCGGGCAUGCACGACGUCGACCCGAGCGACUGGGACCGCUGGUGCGAGUACAUCCUGUACAAGAAGCUCAACCGCGUCGGCUACGCGCGCGUGUCGCGCCACACCAUUACCGACACGGAGCUCCAGGUCGCCAAGUUUGUCGUGCCCACGACCCCCGAGGAGAAGGCCGUCGUCGCGCGCCUCGACGGCGACGCGGACGCUCGCAACCACCGCGUCCCCGAGCACGAGGUUCCGCCCGGGUGGCGGUUCCCGGCCAUGUUCCGCGGCGAGGGUGUGCGCGGCCACCGGUACCACGUGUUCAAUGAGCCGUGGUACUACAAGCCGUAGAUGCGGUAAUGUCUAGGGGCAGAAGCAGGUCUCCAAGGGGGAGGGACAAAACGGGGCUGUAUUAUAGUGUAUGUGGAGGGUUGGGGAGUGGCUCUUGCCAGCAGGCUCUGGAGAAGUUGGAAAGAGGGGGAAAUGUGACCAUGUAUCAAGGAGUAUAAGUUAGCUAUUGACAAUCAAGAAAAGAUUUGCUCAAGUG